CGAUCCCCGCCUUGCCCCGCCCGGCUCCCGGGGCAUCCCGGUGGCUCCCUCCGGCAGGAAUCCCGAGCUAAGGCCGGGCAGGGCCGGGCAGAGCAAGCGGCGCUUUCUCCCCCUCCUGCUUCGGCCCUCGUGAGGAUUCACUCCCUCCAUCCCAUCUGCUGACUUUAGCGAGUGGAAUAACCUGCCCGGGCAACUCGGCGACCUGCAGAGUUUACACAAAACACAUCUGUGCUUUGGGCGCAGAUUAGCUGGAGCUAAAUCAGCUGUCCCGGGUUUAUGACUCGGGGUUGUGCAACCGAACCUACAGGCAAACCCUAAACACAGGAUAGUCCUGGCCCGGGCAAACACACCUUUGGACAAAGCAAAGGUGGAUGUUCCAUCCAUGCUCGGGAGCAGAUAUGGGGUUAGAACCCGGCAGCAGGAGCUGCAUCACACCCUGUCCUGUGUUUGAUCUCACACUGGUUAUGAACCCCGAAGCAAUGCAGGGAAUCCUCUCUGGAAGCAGCUCUGGAUCACAGGCUCCUGCUCUGAACUGAACUCGUGUGGGCUCUGGUGCUGUUAGAAAUGACCAGACCCCGAUGCCCUCCCAGGGCAGCUGCUCUGUGCUGGCCUUCACUUUAAUUAGCUGGUGAAAAUCAGACUCUGCUUGAUCACUGCCAUGAAGUGACGGCCUGAUGUAAGGAAUGACAGUGGUGACCAUGAACACUGAACACAGCUGGAGCAGACACAGAGCAGAGAACUGUGUGAGCUUCAAGUCACAGCACCACCCAUCCCUGCCAGGCUUUGCCCUUGCUCAAGAUACCAUGUUUCCUCAGAACUGCACACUGUUUUCCAGGGAAUUCUGAUUCAUUUGACCGUAUUACACAUCUCAGAGUUGCCUCCCUGUCUUUCAGUUCGUUCAUAUACAUUAUUUAUAAGGAAACACAAACCCUUUCUUCCCGGAUUUAAUACAUCAUGACCUGCUCCUGCAAAAAGUCCUCCACAUAAUCUAUACGUCUUAUUAACUAUGAAAAAUGCACAGCACUGAGAACAUCACUGUCAUAUUUUGUUGCCCCCAAUUAGUUCUGGUCUAACCCUUUUAGCUUCAAGAGAUACCAGAUUAUAACUUGUCUGACAAGGCUGAGGUCUAUUUUACGCAACAUGUAAUAUGUGAGCAAUCAAUGUCGUAAUUAUUGAAAUGAUUGUGCUAUCAGUCAGCAGCUCCUUUGGCCACCAAGACCUUCACAGCUUUUUGCUGAUUAUAUAUUUUCUGAAGCAAAGACAAAUGGUUUCUUGGAUGUGAGAGCAAGUUAGUACUACAGUACUUGGUAUGUGUUGGGCCAGCCCGGUGUAGGUCUGUCUACUGUCUGAAAAAUGGAGACUCAAUAGGAAUUCAAUAAUAUCAGACUAAAUUUUCUGUCUCCUCUUGGUUUGUUUUACUAUUUAGAAUGCUGGCAAAAGAAAUUAUCAAGACACGGUUAUUUCCCUGACUCUUGUCCCUUUACUGAAGGAAAUCUUCAUCAGUGGGCAGGCAGGGUAGAGCAGAAUGAAGCUAACAGAGAUUUUUAAUUUCAGGCAGCAGAGUCUCAGCGAUGACUGGUUCGUAAAGUCUAUAUUUACUCAUUAUAUCAUCAUACAGAGUGCAGUUAAAGUUGUUCAUACAAACAGAACCCCCAGCUCACAGCUGUGGCAGGAGGAGGCAGUGCCCUGGUCAGAGGCAGGUGGGUGGAGCAGAGCCUGCCUUUAGAGGAGCUCUGUUACAGUUUGAUUGAGUCCCUGGGCCUGGGGAGACUCAGAUUAGAAACCACUGACACAGAAUCACAGAGAAUGCUGAGCUGGCAGGGACCAAGCAGGGUCAUCGAGUCCAACUCCUGGCCCUGCACAGGACACCCCAAGAAUGACACUUUGUGCCUGAGAGCCUUGUCCAAACCCUCCUGGAGCUCUGGCAGCCUUGGGGCCGUGCCCACCGCCCCAGGGAGCCUGGGCAGUGCCCAACACCCUGUGGGGGAAGAGCCUUUUCCUGAGAUCCAACCUAAACCUCCCCUGACACAACUUCCAGCCAUUCCCUCGAGUCCUGUCACUGGUCACAGAGUGAAGAGAUCUGUACCUGCCCCUCUGCUGCCCCUUGGGAGGAUGUUGAAGACCCCAGUGGGGUCUGACCUCAGUCUCCUCCAGCUGAACAGACCAAGUGCCCUCAGCUGCUCCUCUUGUGGCUUCCCCUCCGGACCCUUCCCAUCCUCAUGGCCUCCUUUGGAUUCUCUCUAAUAUCUUAAUAUCUUUCUUAUAUUGUGGUGCCCAAAACUGCACACAGAACUCAAGGUGACAUCGGUUUGUUGCUGGAAGAUGCACCUUGAGGGCACCUUGUCAGUUUAUGGAUUGAUAAGUAUGGACAAACCUUAGGAUUUCCCCUCCUCCCUGGUUGUGUUUAUACAUAAUUCCUUUUCCCAAAUGGAUGUGGAUGCAGGGAUUGAUCUCUGAGCACGCACUGAGACAGGGCAGACUUUCCCCAGCCCACGGAUCAGGGAGUAGAGCCAGGCUGCUGGUCCUGGAAGUGUUGGAAGACCUGUUGGAAGGCAGCAACCUUUGUGCCCGUGACCAAUUGGUAGGUUACUCAUGGUGUCCCACCCACAGGCUUGGCACGGAGGGUGCACCUUCCUGAGCGCUGCUGGCCUGUUAUCAACCCGAUAAACCACCCGGUGUAUUUGCACAGAGGUUUUACUGACUGCAGAGCACAGAGCUGCUUCUUCCCCUUCCUGCCUCUUUGUGCUUCAUCUCACGGAGGAGGAAAGACAUCGAUGCAAAUUGGCUUCACGGAAGAGAGGGAAUAUCCCAGCCUGGCUGGAGUGGAGAACUCCAGGGCAGAAAUGGGCCACCAGAACACCAAACCCCACAGAGAGAAGCAAGCCAACAUAGUGAUGCUGGGACUGGAUUCUGCAGGAAAAUCCACGCUGCUGUACAAGCUCAGGUACAAAGAUGCUUUUCUGACCACGCCAACCAUCGGCUUUAAUGUGGAUAUGAUUGAAACCGGGAGAGAUUUUACCCUGACGUUUUGGGAUGUUGGAGGGCAAGAGAAAAUGAGGCAGGUCUGGAGCAAUUUCCUGGAGGGCACAGAUGGACUGCUGUACGUGGUGGACAGCUCUGAUAAGCGACGGCUGGAGGAAUCCAGGAGAGAGUUUGAGCUCAUCCUGAAGAACGAAUCCAUAAAAAACGUGCCGGUCGUGGUGCUGGCGAACAAGCAGGACUUGCCUGGAGCUUUGAACGCCGAGGAAAUCACCAGGAGGUUCAAGAUGAAGAAGUACUGCAGUGACAGGACUUGGUACGUGCAGCCCUGCUGUGCCAUCACGGGAGAGGGGCUGGAAGAAGCUCUCCAUAGAGUGACCACGUUUGCCAAACAGUACAGCAGAUCCAAGGAGUCCUUCAAAAUCCUGAAGGAAUUCGAAACACUUUAAGGAUUUCUAUCAUCAAACUCUGGAGAAUGUUAACAUAUCUUGUUGGACCGACUAAAUCUGGAAAUAUUGGAGUCUGGGGAACUUUUAUACAUAAAUAUUUAUAAAGAACUUUGACAAUAUUGAAGUCUACUGUUAUACCUGCAGAUGCUUCCGAGAUACGACUCUGCAGCAUUUUAUUAUUUUUUUUUUAUUUGCUCAGGGUUGUUCAGCUCAGAAAUGUGGCUGUUGAACGAUGAGAAAGGUGGAGUUGAGCACCUGGAAACAAAAUAGGUGAGAAGUGUUUAAAUCCCUUAAAUCAGGUCAUUUUGUAAGAGGUAAACGAGCCAAGUCAUUUGUUCAGCAAUGAUAAAACGCUGUUUUGUAAUAAAUACUCUGUGGAUGUAUUUCUCUUAUAUGUAUAUUUAUAUAUAUGAAAUAGUGGUUUUAGAGCUUAAACUCUUAAUUAUGUACAAGAGAACUUGUUGGCUAUUACUGCAUUCUAGAAACAAUUACUCCAAACAGGUUUUAACAAGCAGGAUCUGCCCCUCAAUCAGCCCCAGGCAGAGCUGGGAUCCAGUGCUGUCUCUAAGGUGUAGGUCUGAUGUCCCGUUGUCCCAGAUUUCCAUGUGCUGCUUUCCUUAUUUCACUGCUGGAUUGCUCUCCUUAGCCAGGAGCAGAUGGAUGGGAUCAAUCCAGAAAGUGCUGAAUCCCAAUCUUUUUGGGGUGGGGGAGGAACGGGAGAAUUGGCUCCUUGGUCAUUUUUUAAUAGAUCUUGACAGAUCCUGUCCUGCCUUUACUGAAACCAUCUGAAAUAUUGUUACUGAUAAAUUUAGGUUUGAUUAAAUUUGACAUAACUAAUCCCAUUACUACAGUUUGUGCAAAACAAUUCCAAAGGAAAUUUCUGUGCAGAUUUCCUGCUGGCUGAAGGAGGGAAUUAAUAUCCUGAAUUAAGGCAAUGAAGGAUUGAUAACUAGAAGACUAAUUGAACUCUAUCAACCAUGGAAGCAGUUUAAGGCUGACGAGUUAAUAAGGCCUGCUCUGUAAAAGCAGGAGAAAAUAGAUCAUUGAAUUGUUGAUUGUAAUCCAGUCCAAUUCCUUCUGCCUCCUUGGCAGAAGAUGGGAUGCCCCAGUGCUUUCCUAGAUGCCUGGAUUUUUUUAUCCCUAUUCCUACCACAAUCUUUGACCACAGACAAGUCAUUCAACCACUCUGUGCCUCAACAGCACCUCAGAAAGAUGAACUUCCCAGGCAUGGGUUCUGGAAAAGUCGUGGCCAUGACCCUGGAAAAGGGGUCCUCUUAUGCACCUUUUUUUUGGUGACAAAAUGAUGAUGCCAAGUCAUUCACUGAGGGAAUUUGUGUUUCGUUCUUACUAAUAAACAGGCAGGAAUUUCAAGUUACAGGAGGGUGAAGCAGCAAUAAAAUCACCCAGACAUACCCUGUUGUCUCAUGACAACAAAGGCCAAAAAAUCAUCAGGUGAAUUUGCUGAAAUAGCAAACAAAGGGAGGUUUCUCAACAGAAGCUGUUGUUAAUACUGAGACUAAUUACCAGGGGCUAAAUCCUGACUCAUGUUGAGACUAAAAGGAGAGCAGGGAUCUGUAUUUCUCAUUGCCUGGGCUGAUGAUUUAGGUUCAAUAUCAAAUACCAUCUUCUGGCCCUAGAAAGAUCUUUAAAAGUCAUUAACAUGAGUUUUCCAAACCCAGCAAUUCAAUGUUAAGAGAAGUAAUAUUUCAAAUGAAUACAUUCAUAAGCAUUUGCAUUUUAUGGUAUAUAUUGAAUUCUCUUAAUCUAAUCAUGGGUCUGUUAUAAACCUCAGCUUAGUUCUGUGGCCUCAGGACUCCCUCAGGGAGAAACACUCCUGAGAGAUUUAAUGAGGGUGCACCAGGGUCUCUAAUUAGACAAGAAGCAAGUUCUGAAGGGAGAAAUAAAGUCCUAUUAUAGGCCAGCUCAUACAGCUAAAAAUGAGAAUAAGCUUUCAGGCACACAGGCCCUUCUGCAGGUUAGCAAAUUACAGCAAAUGACACAUCAGCUUGAAGAAAUAUUUUACAUUAUGCUUUAAAGGAGAGAGAUAAACUCUAUUCCAUUCACUUUGUGGAAUAUCAAGUACUUAAAAAUUGAAUUUUCUAAGAGCUUGCUUUCCCAGAGAAGUGAAGCCUGUUAUAUCUGCCCAUGGAGACCCCAACCUUUUGGAAUAAUUUUGAAGCUUUAAAAUAAAUAUGAAUCGAGCUGGAGGUGCAGGUUCUCAAAGGAAUUAUAUGCCUGAAAGUUUAAUUAAAAAAAAUCAGAGAAAAGUGACCACAGCAGUGCCCCCGGUGAGGGCAAAGCUGAUAAGGAACAAAAGGAAUCCCCAUGGAGAUAAAUGUUCCCUCUGAGCCACAGGAGAGCCAAGGGAUCAUCAAUCCACAGAGCCUGGCUUUAAUUAGUUCCUUUGCUCCCGGAGCCGGUUGGUCUUUUCCAUCCUGCAGGAAUAAGCAAAAUACUUGGGGGCUUCCUUAGGGUGGGGAGACCCAGGAGAUGGAUCCACUGCUCCAAACUGCCUUUCUGGGCCUGCAGCAAAGAACCUCUGUGACCACUCAGCAAGGUCUGGGAAGUUCCACGGGCAGGAAGGGGCAGAGGAAGCGGAACUUUGUGGCUCAGCUGUGGCCGGAGCAGAGCAGAGCUGGUGCCACAGGCUCGCCCCAGGGCCUGGGAAUUGCUGGAUAUCUGAUCCCAUCACGUGCUCCGUGGUGAAAUCAAUAUCCAGGGAGUCACAAAGGUGUUCCACAGCUUUAUCCUGCUCUGGAGAGCUUGGGAUCUUUGGGCUGCUUGGCUGAGCAAGAUGAGCAGAAUCGUCUUUGAGUUUCAGAGCACAGCCAAGGGGAAUUCUACUGCUGCUAAAAAUGCAUUCCACAGUAUCAUAAGCAAAAUUUAUUCCUGGAUAGGUUUUUUUAUUUUAUUUCAUUAUUUACAAUCUUACAGGUCACUCAGUGAAAACAAUUUUAGGGUUUUUGAAGGCUUUGGGAAGGUGAGAACUCAGAAUACUAAGAACACUGCCCUCUGUGGGAGGGGAACUGAAGCCUGUGAGCUGCAAAGUUUGCAUGGGAUGAAAGGCCUUAAAGAGUUUGGGUCAGGUGUUUGUAUUGCUUCAGGUUUGGGAAUUUUUUCCAUUAGUCAUCCUGGUAUUCUUGCAUUUUUUUAUCGCUGGAUUCUGUCAAGUAGCUAAACUGCUCCAGUCCUCCAGUGUCUCCUUACACAGUUUGCUGUUCCUGUUCCCUUCUGCUGACAGAAGAGUCAUCCAUGGUGUGCUGGAACACACCUGACAUCAGGAGUCACAAGGGGAAGAAGGAUCUGUGAGACCCAAGGCAUGCAGGACCCUGUGCCCUCUCAAGGAGAUCAUCCACCAGGACGUGUUUGGAUGGGACAAUUUAAAAGUUGAGGGUGGGGACCUGUCCUUUUGGCCAUUUGUUGACGAGAUCACUGUGGUGUGAAAUCAUGAUGGGUUUUCAGAGACCUGAAAUAAGUCACAGAGCUCCCUGGACACAGAUCCAGCAGGAUGCAAUGCUGUUGGAAGGGAAGGUGUGGAGCACUGCAAGUUUGGAUGGUAACACUCCCUCCUCCUUUGCCUGGGAGACAACUCUCCAAUAAUUUGAGCACUCUGCAGAAUCAGAGGGAGGUGUAAUGUCUGAGGAAUGCAGGACAAGGCUUUUCCAAUAUCAGACAGUGCAGUGCUGGGCAUUACUCAAAUGUCUCUGUGUCUCCUCCUCAUUCCUGACAAGUAACUGAACCAAAGGAAAGACUUUCCUGGAUAAACGAGUCCUAAAUCUACUGCAAAGGGAGACAACAAUGCCUUGAAGUGCUGAAUAAACAUUAAAGAGCUUAAAGCAGGUUUUCUUCUCAAAGCAAAUAACCCAAGCUACAACCAGGCUUCUUCCACUUCUAAUUAGCUCAGGUAUUUCUGUUCAGCACAAGAUUGUGGACAUGUAUCUCCUCAGAUCCCACAGUCUGGAUUAUCCAAGGCUCUGUAAUUUAGGAUGGAAACUCUGGAGGGUGGAGGCCCUGCUUCCAAACCACACUGCAGGGACCAUUUGCAAAUGUAAAUUCAUGAACAGCAACAAGUCCAAACACAUCUGAUUUUGAAGGGAUUUUAGCAGGUUGUGCAUUACUUUGUGCUCCAGUUUCUGCAAUGUUCUGUCCUACAGCUGUGAUGAAUGUUCUUGUACCCCUCCUGCUCAUCCAGGACGCGUUUGCAGUGUGCCUGUCCCCCUCAUCCAGCUCUGGGCGGGGCUGGAUGUGAUAACUUUGGGUUCUUUGGUCACCAAAGACACUGCCCCUCACCCCUGUCACCUCUGUGUCCCCUCCCCAGCUACACAUUUACACCUGCAGGUCCCGCCCCAGCAGAGCUUUCUCGUCCUCUUGUCCUUCCCCAGGCAUCACAAAGGCAAUGCCUGUUUUCCUGGUCUCUUUAUCAGAUUUUCACAGUGCUUUUGUGCCCGUUCUCAUGCCACUCCUUGUGCUUGGAAUUACCUAAACACAGUUACAAUCCCCUGUCAUUGUUUCCCUCCAGGUCCUUCCUCAAAGCACUCCUUUCCCACGAUGUGUGUAAAGCUCCUGCCGAUGGCUGUUAGGGUUUUACGACCAGGCCCUUGACCCAUAUCUUUUGAUGAGUAUUUUUUAUUAUUUCCUUGUUCUCCCCGUAUUUAUUCAUCUGUUCCCUUGUCGUGCUUUCUUUGGUGCAAAGAUCACCUGUUUAUUCUGUGCUUCUGCACUGAUGACAAGUUCCUAGACCUUAUAUUUCUGCUGUAAGCAGCCUGAAUCUGGUGAAAUAUCUCCUAAAACAAGGAAUUUUGUGAGUUGAAUAAACCAUCAGGCUCUGAAACCUGAGCCACGUGUGUUGUUUCUUUUUAGCAAAUCUAGAUGGCAACUGCAGCAACAAUUUCAUUGAUCCAGACAAAGGCUAAUCUCCUCUGGAAUUCUCCUUGGCCGUUAAAGGGUAACUGUGCCUUAAUCAAUAGUUUUCAGUUACUUUAUCUAAAGCACACACAUUAAUCACUGAAGAAUGUGGGGCUCUUGACCUUCCCUCAGCUGAUUCAGGAGCCUGAAAAUUCUGUUUCUUACAGGACUGUCACAGAUUCCUGUGAGAAUCCCUCCUAUCAUUUGGAUGCAAACAAAAUGUAAAGUCAUUUUGCAAACAGCUUAAUUAAUCUAUGAUAAAUUAAUCUCCUCAUCGGAGGGGUCUCAUGCCCAGAGCCCACUGCUGGUGCCAUCAGCUCUUCCCAACAAAAGGCAGUGGAUUUCUGACUGAAUUUACCUGGUGGUUCCUUUGUUGAGGAUUUACACUGUAAGGUUCAAUGUAUUUAAAGUAUAUAUUGGUCACAAUAUGUUUGUGUGCUCCUCGUAUGUUUAGUGCAUACAAACCCAGCCUGAAUUCCUCUGAAAAAGGUUAAACAAAAUAAGAAAGGGGAUGUCACAGAAAAAAGAACUUCAGGAGUUAAUCAGGAGGGGAAGUGGGGGAAGAUAAACUAAAGCAACACAAUGGAAAAGGGAAGAGAAAAGAAAAAUAAAUGAGAAACAUUCUGAGGGCAAACAAAGUCCUGAGUGUGUGGAGAUACACAAAGCAAUAGAAAGCAAAACCACCUUCCAGCCAUCAAGUCUGGAGUGGUUUCUGCACCACUCUUGCGCUAAGAGUUUGUUGAAAAGCCUUCUCUUCUCUUAAAGUCAACAUUUAAUGGGGACAAACAGGUCAGAACUUCCCUGGGUUCCCUCUGAACACUGAAGGCAACAGUUUCGUAGAUUUUAGAGGCCCCCAAGACGUAACCCUAGAGAAAAUAUUAUGCAAAUAACUGGCUUGGAGUAACUCUAAACAAUAUGAACCCUGAGUAUGAAUAACUAAAAAUAUAGAACGCACGAUAAAAAUCAAAUGUCGUGGAAAUUAGAUAUAGUUUCAAAUACUUCUUCCAUUUAACCUACACGGGAAGACUUUGAUAUUUCUCAGAUGCUUAUUAAGAGCUGAUUGAGCCUUUCCUUUUGGAAGUUUAAGCUUUUCCAAUGAGUCAUUUGGUUCACUGAUUAUUUAAAAUAAUCAUUUAUUGCUGACACUAUGAGGCUGUUCUUCCCCAUGUGCUACUAAAAUCCCCUGUCGAGUAUUAAGGAAAACCCAAGGUAAACACUAGAAAAUCUUUAUCUCAUCGAGUGGUAUUAUAAAAAAAUUCCUGCAUAAAACUCAGUGUUUCCGUGCUGAGACAUCUUGUGGUGUGUCAGGUGUCCUGCAGCUCAGCAAAACUAAACUGGGGGGAUGGCAAAUUCAUUCUGAGAGGCUUAAACCACACAGCUAAAAAUCCUGCACCUCGUUUUUUUGAAACAAAACCAGCCUAAUUACAGUGUUGCUGGGACUUAUUUUCAGACAUGAAGUAUUUCAAAUCUGAUAGUAACAAUUUGUUAAAUACAAAUUUCUGAUGUAUGUCAAAUUCACAUUUGUUGUCAUUACGCCUUAAGAUGAAUAUUUCACAAGUGCAGAACUUUGUGGCACUGAAAUUUCACAACAGGGAGGUCCAAAGAAGCAGAUUCCUAAACUGGAAUUGCCUUUAUUGUUUGGUUUUUUUUUUACAUUAAGUUGGUUGUGAUUUGUAAGAGCUCUGAGAAGCAGUUCAUAACUAAAAUGAGAUUUGAAUAUAAAGAGAAGAAAUGAAUAUUAAAAGGAAGAGUUGAUCUCAGUGAUUUCCAGUUCCUGAAGCUGCUAAAAUGCUGUGUAUUUCAGGAAAAUUCUUUGGCCAUUAUUCCCCCUCAAAAGAAAAGCUGAAAUAGAAAUAUCACCCUCUAUCAGACAGCAGGAAAUCAAGGAAAUGUCAGUCCUAAUCCUUGGGAGAAUGGGCCUCCUUAGAGCUGCUCAGAGCCCUCAUUUUCUUCAUUACAGGGAAACAAAGAGGGAUGCAAACUUGGGAGUGUUUUCACAGCCCUGCCCAAUAUGAGUCCUUUCAGAAUUCCUUAUUCAGUGUGUAUCCCAGUUUCCUUUCAGAAGGAGCCCAAAGCACAGCCCUGACAAUGGCAAUCUGCAGCUGGACAUUUACAUUUUUGUUGCCUCAAAGAUGCAUCUUGGAUUUGAUGCUGUUUUAUGUGCUAAACUCUGCUCCCUGGCAGUGCUAAAAGAGCUUAAAUAUGAGAUGCUCCCAGAAAUGUCUCUGGCUUUGGGAUCCUUUCAGUGUUUCUGUGUCCAACACACGUUAUCAAACACUUCACACCAGCAUUUAAUUAUCUAAGCAUAUUAUAUUGUUGAUUUUUCUGACACAGCUCUGAGGAUCAGCCUCCCAUUUGGAAACCUGAGGGAGUGUGAGGACAAGAAACUUCCCUUUCUGCAGACAGUCAAGUGGAACAGGAUCCAGAGUACUGGAGUUCCCAGGCCUGCCAGCAGAUAUUAGGUUUUCCUUUGCCUUCUGAAACAUUCUGGAACCCACCCAAACCCAGAAAUGUUUUCUGUCACUGUCCUACCAUCAGUGGUGCUACCAGGGGCUUCUUAAGAAGGAUUUGUUUUGGCAUGGAAAGACUAUGGAAAGACUAUAUCCCUGGAUCGUUCAGGCCACACCAAAAUGGCUCAUUUCACUCUGCAUUUUCUCACUUUUUAUCUCAAGUUAAAUUUUCUGCCCUUGCCUUUAAUGGGGAAUUGUUCUGUUGGAAAGGUGGAGCAGCUGGAACACAGGCAGGGAAGUGCAGCUCCACAAUCUGCUGAUUGAUGAUCAAUUCCUCUCCUUCCUGGGCUAUUUGCAGCUGAUGGAUUUUUGGGAUUGACUCCAACUCUGAUACAAAGAAACUUUUUUUUUGCCAACGGUCAUUUCCUGAUCUAUAAUUUUGUCUGAUCCGGUGCAUUAAAAACUGAAUGUUUAUGGGCUGAAUUGUAAAAAAUGUCAUCAAUGGAAAUGAAAAGCAAUCCCCAAAUCGAAGGUUCUAUUCGGCAAAAAGUGAUAUUAAAAGAGAAGGGCUGAGAUCAGAAAUAGGCUGGUGUGUUAUUCCAGAGGCAGCUUUGGAACUCUGAGGAUAAAUUUGAAGCUGAUGCCUCCUGCUCUGUGUCUGCAGGAAUGUGGGAGCCCUGGGUGGAUCCUCUGCUCGCAGGAGCAGAUGUUCAGCUGAUGGGAAUCAGCAAAGGCCUCGGGAGCCAGAGGAACCACCUUUCAUUUGCCCCAUGUGGGGAGCUGUGCUUUGGGAGGAACAGAAUACUGACUGUUAUCU